AGAGAGUGCUUGGAAUCUGUGUGUGAAAUUGAAUGUCAAGCAUUCCCGAUCCUCUUGGUGAGAGAAGGCUGCAUUUCUGUCGCACAGCAUUCCAAAGCAAAUGAGCAAUGAAAAUAUGCACCAUUGCCCACCUCCCAACAUUGAUUUAAUCCUAUACACCUUUCCGACUAUGUAUCAAGGAGUUGAUCGCCCACCCUCAUUUAAUCCUAUACACCUGUCCGACGAUGUCUCGAGCAUCUUGACCAUACUCUUCUAUCGCUCAUGAUAUAUGGUUUGCUUUCUCUUUUCCGUUCACAUGGAAACUUUCAACCUGAAUGCCUUUC